AUGGCUGAGCCUAUUCGAAACAAGCGGUCCGACGUGUCUACUGCGCCUACACCGCAGAACACUCCGGCAACCAACGCGCCCAUAUCCUCCCGAGCCCAGCAGCCCGGUGUGGCCAGCAUCAAAGAAGAUGACAUGGAAAGGGCGGCUGCUGCCUCUCUCCUGGCGCAAAACCCCAAGCUGGUUCAAAUGAUCCAAGGACGACUUGGCUCUCUCAUUGGACAAUCUUCUGGAUACAUCGAGUCUCUCCCCGCCCCCGUCCGCCGUCGGGUCUCGGGUCUGCGAGCAAUCCAGAAGGACCAUGCUAAAUUGGAGGCUGAGUUCCAAGAGGAAGUUCUCCAGCUUGAGAAAAAAUAUUUUGCCAAGUUCACUCCCCUUUACGAGAAGCGAUCUGCCAUCGUCAAUGGCAAGGUUGAGCCCACAGAGGAGGAGGUCAAGCGAGGAGAUGAGGAUGAUGAAGAGUCACAAGAUGCGGCUGAGGCUGCUGGAGAGCCUUCACAGCCAACCGAUGAGGCAUCCGAGGCUGUUCAAGGUAUCCCUGAAUUCUGGCUGUCAGCCAUGAAGAACCAAGUCACGCUUGCGGAAAUGAUCACCGACCGCGAUGAGGCCGCGCUGAAGCACCUUAUUGAUAUCCGCAUGGAGUACCUUGACAAGCCCGGCUUCCGUCUCAUUUUCGAGUUUGCCGAGAAUGAGUACUUCUCAGACAAGACCAUCACCAAGACAUACUACUAUCAGAAUGAGAGCGGCUACGGCGGUGACUUCAUCUAUGACCAUGCCGAAGGUUACAAGAUCAACUGGUACCCUGGCAAAGACUUGACAGUCCGUGUCGAAGCCAAGAAGCAGCGAAACAAGAACACCAAGCAGACCCGAAUCGUUAAGAAGUCAGUGCCGACGGAGUCCUUCUUCAACUUCUUCUCCCCUCCCAAGCCCCCCACCGAAGACGCUGAUGCGGACGACGAUGUUGCCUCCGAUAUCGAGGAACGUCUCGAGCUUGACUACCAGUUGGGCGAGGAUAUCAAGGAGAAGUUGAUCCCUCGUGCCGUCGACUGGUUCACUGGCGAGGCUCUUGCGUAUGAGGAGUUUGACGAGGAAGACAUGGACGGUGCCGAUUUCGAUGAUGACGAGGAUGAUGAGGACGACAUGAGUGAGGACCACGAUGACGAUGAGGAGUCCGAUGAAGACGACGAGUCAGGAAAGCCUAAGCAAGAGGCUGCCGAGUGCAAACAGAGCUAA